AUAUAUAUAGAUUUUUUUUACUAGCAAAUAGAAAAUGCUUUACCAGAGAAUUUAUAGCGUCUAUUUUACUGCUCACAAUGCAGAAGAAAUAAGAAAACUUGCUAUAAAAAAGAUUGAUAAUCCUGAGACAUUUGAUUUAUUGCGCCAUCCUAACAAAGGAGGUUUGUAUGAUUUAGCCUUGGGUCCAAACGAAAAAGAUGAUAUCUGUGAUACUUGUUCUCUGGGUCAUAUAAAAUGUCCUGGACAUUUUGGUUACAUAGAACUUCCAUUACCAGUAUAUCAUCCAAUGUUUUUCAAACUAAUGAUAAGUAUUCUAAGAGGAUCUUGUUUCAAUUGUCAUAGACUCGUUCAAAAAAGUUGUCAAUUGAAGCUUUUUAUCAGACAGUGCAAUCUUCUUGAAAAAGGUUUUUUAUCAGAAGCUGCUGCCUUAAAUGAACUUUAUGACUAUUACACAGCAGAGGCAAGAGCAAAUAUUUCAAGUGAUUCAAAUGUGCAAAUGAUGGUCUGCAGUAAAAUUGAAUCAUAUUAUGAAAGUGUCGUGAAUAAUUCACCUAGUGAACAAAGAUCUUCAACAAAAAAUUUACUACAAUAUCGACAAGAUUUAUUAAAGAAAUUUAUUAAAUCAGUUUUAUUAAAAAAAGUCAAAGAAUGUCCUCAUUGUACAAUGAUAAAACGAGAUAUAAGGUCUGAAUACAACAUACGACUGUACUUUUCUUCAGCAAGUCAAAAGUCUAUACAAAAAGCAAUACAUGACCUUAAAAAUUUAAAACCAGAAAUAAAACCAUCCAAAAUAGAAGACAAUUUUCCAGAUGAAGAAGAUGAAGAAGAACAGAAUAAUGAUGAUUUUGACGAAGAUGAUUAUUGUCCUAAAUUACAAAAUAGGAAAAAAAAUAAAUCAGGAAAUUCAUCAAUUGUCAAGGAGAACUUCAAAGAAAAUGAAGAUAGGUACAAUGAGUAUAAAAAACUUGGUUUAGAGGAAUACAUCACUCCAGAAGAAGUAAAAAAGCAUCUAAUAGAAUUAUGGAACACAGAGUAUAGUGUUUUGAAUGCAUUAUUUGGUUCAUUUAAUUCUCCUUCAUGCCAGAGUCGACAAACAUCUCCUGAGAUGUUCUUUUUAGAUGUAAUUGCUGUUCCUCCUUCAAAAUUUAGACCAAUGUCCUAUAGAGAUGAAAAAAAGUUUGAAAAUCCUGAAACAGAAAAUAUGUGCAAGAUACUCUGGAACUGCAAGUUUAUACAUGAACUUUUAAACCGUUUGAAGUUACCAACAGAUGAUAAACCAUAUGUGCCAGUUGCUUUUGUUUCUACAAGUGUCUCCCAGUCAAAGCGAAAGGUCAUACCUGGUAGUUCUCACAAGGAACAGCUUCAAAAUGCUUGGGAAGAACUGCAAAGCUCUGUUAAUACUCUAAUGGAUAACACAUUAAACAAAUUGGACAAUAAAAACAUACCUGGUAUUCGUCAGUUACUUGAGAAAAAAGAAGGCUUAUUUAGAAAGAAUAUGAUGGGGAAGCGAGUAAAUUUUGCUUGUCGAUCAGUUAUAUCACCUGACCCAUUCAUCAACAUGGAUGAAGUUGGCAUACCUUUGGUAUUUGCCAAAAAAUUGACUUAUGUCCAACCAGUAACUACAUGGAAUCUUUCAAAAUUAAAACAAAUGGUUAUUAAUGGGCCAAACAAAUGGCCGGGAGCAACCAUGGUUGAAUACGAAGAUGGGCGUAAAACUAUACUAUCAGAUGAUGAAUAUGAACGGAGAGCUGUUGCAAAACAGCUUUUAAGUUCAUCUCAUGAAAACAAUUUAAAAAUUGGACGCACUAAAAAUUAUCAAAGUAAAAAGGUGUAUCGACAUUUGAUUGAUGGUGAUGUUUUGCUAUUAAACAGACAACCAACUCUUCAUAGGCCUAGUAUCAUGGCCCAUAAAGCAAAGGUUCUUACCAAUGAGAGAACACUCCGAAUGCAUUAUGCAAAUUGUAAAUCUUAUAAUGCAGAUUUUGAUGGUGAUGAGAUGAAUGCCCACUUUCCUCAAAAUGAGCUUGGAAGGUCAGAGGCAUACAAUUUAGUUAGUACCCACUAUAAUUAUCUAAGUCCAAAGGAUGGUAAACCUUUAGCUGGAUUAAUUCAAGACCAUAUAGUAUCAGGUGUUUGGAUGACAUCAAGAGAUAAAUUCUUUAAGCGAGAUGAAUACCAGCAAUUGAUUUUCAAUGCACUGAUUGACAGUCCAAAUAAAAUCAAAACUCUUCCUCCAUGUAUUAUAAAACCAGUUCCAUUGUGGUCAGGAAAACAGAUUUUUUCUUCUGUGUUAUUAAACAUCAUACCUGAUGGAUUGAUACCAUUAAACAUGACUGGAAACAAAGCGAAGUUGACAGAUUCUAAUUGGGCAAAAGACAAUAAAGUACUUGGGUGUUCUGAUAAAGAUCCUUUCUUAACAGAGGGUCAAGUUAUAAUUCGAGGUGGAGAGUUGAUGACUGGAAUAUUAGAUAAAACUCAAUAUGGUUCUACACAAUUUGGACUUGUGCAUUGUGUUUAUGAGUUAUAUGGUGGAAAGAUAUCUGGAUUACUUUUAUCUGUAUUAGCAAGGCUAUUUACAGCCUAUCUUCAACAUACUGGGUUUUCUUUGGGGAUUGAGGAUAUUCUUGUUUUUCCAAAAUCUGAUGCCAAGCGUAAGGAAAUAAUUGAUGAAGGAAAGAGAUGUGGUGAUGAAAGUGCAAUGGAGGCUUUGAAUGUAAAAGAGAGGGAUCAAUUGGAAGAGUGUUUGCAGAAAGCCCAUUUUACUAAUAAGGGAGUUGAACUUGCACAGCUUGAUUUGUCUAUGAAGACAAGAACAGAUAAAAUUACAAACAAAAUAAACAGCGAAUGUAUUAAUGGUUUAUUGAAGAAGUUUCCUGAAAAUGCUCUUCAGCUUAUGGUACAAUCCGGAGCAAAAGGUUCUGCAGUCAAUUGUACACAAAUAUCUUGUCUUCUCGGACAAAUUGAAUUAGAAGGAAGAAGACCACCUCUUACAAUAUCAGGGCGUUCAUUGCCAUCAUUUCAACCAUAUGAUACUAGCCCUCGCGCUGGUGGAUUUGUUAAUGGGCGUUUUUUAACUGGUAUUCGUCCACAAGAGUAUUUUUUCCAUUGUAUGGCAGGUAGAGAGGGUUUGGUUGAUACAGCAGUAAAGACAAGUCGAAGUGGAUAUUUGCAACGAUGCCUUAUCAAACAUUUAGAAGCAUUGCGUGUUGAGUAUGAUAUGACUGUUCGUGACGGAGAUGGAUCUGUUAUUCAAUUUCUUUAUGGUGAUGAUGGAAUCGAUGUUUUACAAAACCAGUUUUUAAAAAAAGAGCAAUACACAACUAUUAUUCAAAAUUAUAAGGCUUAUGAGAUGCUGUUGAAACCAUUAGAAAUGCAAAAGCAUGUUGAUUUAACAAAAGCUAUGAAAAUACAAAAAAAAUGUUAUCGUUGGAAGAAGCACAACGGCAUUCCAUUCUCAAGUCUUUGUUCACAUCUCCGUACAUCACCAUUUAACUAUUUUGAAUCCGAAAAAAAGAGAAAGUUUAAAAAAAAAUAUUCUUCAUCCAAUAUUAAUAAGUUUGGUCGUUCAGAGGUGGAAUUGAAAUUAUUAGAGAAGUGGUACAAAAUUGAAGAUCAAAAUAGAUACUUAAGUAAAUGUCGACCUUGUCCUGACACUGUGCUGUCACUGUGUAAUCCUUCAUGUUACUUUGGUUCUGUAUCAGAAAAAUUCAGAGAUGAACUUGAUGAGUAUAUUCGACUGAAUCCGGAUUCAAUUUUAUCAGAUAAUAAUGAAGAAAAUGAAAGAAAAAUAUCUCCUGAAACAUUUCGUCCGUUUAUGUAUGCCAAAUAUUUACGCUCGGUUGUACAUCCUGGAGAAGCAGUUGGGUUAUUGGCAUCACAGUCAAUUGGUGAACCAUCAACACAGAUGACACUUAAUACAUUUCAUUUUGCUGGUCAGAGUGACAUGAAUGUAACACUAGGAAUACCUCGAUUAAGAGAAAUACUGAUGACAGCUAGUGAAAAUAUACAAACACCACAAAUGGAUAUUCUUGUUUGCACUGGAAAAGAUGAUGAGGCGAAAAAAAUAUGCAAACAUCUCAAUAAAGUAAAUCUCAUACAGGUGAUAAAGCAUUUAUCAGUGUUUGAGUGUUUAACAAGAAAGUAUGAUGAUAAUACUUUGUGUCGUCAAUUCAGGAUUCGCAUUGAGUUUCUACCUGAGAAUAUUUAUGUUGACAAUUAUGAUGUCAAUCCUGUUUCAAUUAUCAAAUAUGUUGAAACUGUAUUUAUAAAAAAAUUAUGCAUUCAUAUUUUGAAAGUAAUGAAAGAUAAAGAGAAACAGAAAUUAAUUGAAUCACACACAACAAGACUUCCUUCUGCUCCAGCAAAUAAUGAUGAAGACUCAAGGAAUCCACCUGAUGAGCCAGAUGAUGCAGCAGAUUUAUCUGAUGAUGAGUUUGGAGAUGGUGAUGCUGCAGCUACAAAAGAAAUGAAUAGAAAAAAACAAUUUUCUUCUUAUGAUGAUCCAGAAGAAAGAGAAGAAGAGUUGGAGGAAACAUCUGAAAUAUUUUCAGCAAACAUUAAGCAAGAACCUUUUGAAGAUUAUGAGGAAGAAAAUGCAGAAGAAUUAAAUGUUGAUUCUGACCAAAAGCCUAAAAAAGGAAUCAAUGAAAUUCACAUGGAUCCAAGAGUUGCGAAUGUUCUCAAGCGCGAUCGCCACAUAACUGGAUACUUAGUUGAUACUCAAAAUCAAUGGUUUGAAGUAACUCUACAAUUUCCUUUGGCUGGUAGCAAAUUGAUGAUGACAUCAAUAAUUGAGAAGUUAGCUGAAAAGUCAAUUGUUCAUGAAGCUCCAGGAAUAUCAAGAAGUAUGCUAAAAGAAAGUAAGAAGCAGGGAGAAACAGGCAGGUUGAGAAUAAAAACAGAAGGAGUCAACAUUCAGGAGCUUUGGAAGUAUCCAAAUGUGUUAAAUUUGAACACCAUCUAUAGCAACGACAUUCAUGCAAUAGCAAAAGCAUAUGGAAUCGAGGCUGCCCGAAGUGUUCUUAUAAAAGAAGUUCAAGAUGUUUUCCAAGUUUACGGUAUUCAGAUUGAUCCCCGGCAUCUAUCUAUGAUUGGCGAUUACAUGACUUUUGAAGGUGUUUACAAAUCAUUUAACCGAAAUGCAAUUCAACCUAACCCUUUUCCAUUUCAAAAGAUGAGUUUUGAAACGAGCAUUAAUUUUUUACGCUCAGCUACUGCGUUUGGAGAGUUAGAUGAUUUAGGCUCGCCAUCUUCAAGGAUCGUAGUGGGUCGUGUUAUUGGCACUGGAACUGGAAUGGUUGACUUGUUACCUAAGUUAACUGUUUAAAAAUAUUAAAGUAGAAAAUUAAAAAAUAAAAAAUAUAUAAAUCGUUUCUAUA